AUGGACAAGAAGUAUGAUUCCUGCAGCUACAAGGCACGCCGCACAUUUCUCGGCGGGGAAUUUGAGGUUCGGGUGUUCGAGGUGGACGAUGCUGGUGUAGCCGCGGUGGUCUUUCAGAUAUCGCAGGAUCACGGUCCACCGCUCAAAUUCUCGAGAGUAUUUUCACGUGCUGAGCUCAACAAGGCCGGUAUCGAGAGAACCUUGGAGGGUCAUGUUGCGCUCGUGGACUCGCUCGAGCUUGUCGAAGACGCGUAUUUCACCGGCAACGACGCGGUUACUGCGGGACUGAACAUGCUCGAAGCAUACCAGUUGUCGUCCACACUUCCUGGUAUCAGCUUUCCGUCGCCGAUCGUCUCGCACCAGGCAGCUCUGUCCUACUUUUCACGUGCACCGGUGGGACUUAGUACGUGGAAUAACAGCCGAGUACCUGAAGAGGAGAACCUAUUGGUGAAUCUGGUAGUGAAGGGACUAACCGAGUUGUGUCGAGAGAAACCACCUGGUCUGCAAGCAGUCAAGUGGCUCGGGAAUUGGUUUCUCGACCACAACCCAGCACAGCCAAAGGUGGAAGUAGACGAUUGAGAGAGGAA